AUGGAGGAUCUACCUACGAGGUUUGAAGUGGAGCUGGAGUUCGUUCAAUCCUUGGCAAAUAUUCAAUAUGUUACAUACUUGGCCACUCAACAGAAUAAUAUCUUUAAAGAUAUUAAAUUCAAAAAUUAUUUAAAAUAUUUGGAAUAUUGGUCAAGGCCGCCAUAUUCUCAAUGUAUCGUUUACCCGAAUUGCUUGUUUAUAUUGAAACUAAUCAAUAAAUUUUUAGACACUCACGCAACGAUAUCAUUAGAUGAUCCAAAUCAAUUAGAUAAUAUAGACGAUUUGCCAAAAUUCUUACAAUUACAUGGUGCCGAACUAAUGAAUGAAAUGGUUAAUAGAUGGAAUACAUAA